AUGCAAGAUUAUGCUCAACAAGAAAGUGAAUUUCAAGCUGGUAUCCCACCACGCCUUGUUUCUGUAUUUUACUCGGUGUUCGAUCCGGAUAAAGGACCUCAAGUAGUUUUUGAAGUACCAGAAGGUUCCAUUAAACCUACAGCUUCGUCAGCGCCCCUAGUUGACUUUCAUUCAAUUUCUAAAUAUAUUGUUCCAACACCACUAUUAUGUGGCCAUUUGGUAAAUAUUUGCACGGAUAAUUAUCAAGUCAUGGGAUAUCCAGUAGUAGUAUGGGGAAACCGCUAUCCUAGGAAUAGUUUUAUGUUUAAUUUGAGUUUUGUAUUUGAUCGCGGCGCUGAUACUUCAAGUUAUGAACCUGUUGUGAGAAAAGUUGCUAGGGUAUUGACUUCGCUAGAGAUCGAAAGUGCUUUUUUAUCCAAUGAAUCGACCAAGUCCUUUAUGUACAAUAUAAUCGAGCAACUUUUCGAAGAUCUUAACAGUUAUUGCGAAUGUCAAAUACCCAUUACAAAUACGAUAAAUUUGAAGUUGUUUCCAACAUAUCGAAAUCCACCACCGGUGUAUGAUUAUCAAGUUCCCAUUUGUACCGUUAACCUUAAAGCGUUAAUGGAUGGUAAUUGGGAUAUUACGAUGAAAAAGGUGGCAACAUAUAUAAAUGGCAUACAUCAUGUUAAGAAGAUUGCUGAAUUGACCGAUGUUGAUUGUGGAUUGGCUCGAAAGUGCAUGGAGCAUCUUUUAUACUAUGGAUGCAUUAUUAUGUUUUCAAACGUAUAUGCCGUGAAGCCUGAUAUUAUAAGGAUAAUCGAGGACGAAACAGUUCAGAGUGAAUGUUUGUCUUAUGUGAGAAAGCGAGGCAAAAUACCACCCUCAUUUGCCAAGUUAUUUUCACUUUACUGCCAACUGAAGCAUGGGUUGACUCUUAAAGAAUGGAUUCAAGAAAAUAAAGAAGUUACAUCGUUAGAUAUUGACAUUCGGCGGUUCAUAUCUUUUGGUAUAAUUAAAGGAUUUUUAUAUCGCGUUCAUAAAUAUCCUAUUCUUCCUGAACCUAGUAAACAACGGACUUCGUUACCAAAACAACUGUGCAGAUUACUUGAUGGUAAACACCAUUUUGAUGAGAUAUGUACUCUUAAAGGGUAUAGUGUCCGAGAAUUGGAAGACAUACUAAAAAGCGAGCCUGAGGUUAAAUUUAUCUUACGGUGA